AGUGUGCGCCGCUUACCUUGACAUUCACGGUGCAGUAUCCAUGCGUAAUGUUUUGAAGUUUAUUUAAAGUUAUUUGCAUCACUGUGGGUACAGGAAGUAAAAAUGUCUGUGAAACAGGCCUCGAUCCAUGCUAAAUGGAUUAUCGGGCGAGUCAUUGGAACCAAGAUGAAGAAAACAGCAAAAGUCCGUGUUACUAGACUCGUCUUAGACCCAUAUUUACUCAAGUUUUAUAACAAAAGGAAGACGUACUUCGCCCAUGACGCCUUGGAGCAGUGCACUGUUGGGGACGUUGUUUUGUUGAAGGCUUUACCAGAGAGACGAACCAAACACGUCAGGCAUGAACUGGCGGAGAUUGUGUUCAAAGUCGGGGCAGUGGUUGAUCCCCUGACAGGCAAGAAGGUUGCAGGUUCGCAGUAUCUGGAGCCUCUUACAGCGUCCACAGAAAACCCAGAGGGCUCUUUAACGGAAAAAUUACAACAGCUGAACAUUUCUGCAGCUCCUUCAUCCCCCAGUUCUGCAUCUUAAAGCUGUAUUUUUAUAUUUAUGUAUGAAUAUUAAUGUGUACUUGUUGAUUUUGUCAUGCAGAUUUAAAAAAAAAUCAGUUCCAUAUAUGUGGGAUCAUAUUUUGAAUUGUAUUUAAUGUCCAAUGCUGUCCAAUGGAUUGACGCACCCAAGCUUUCCGUUCCUAUUUGUAAUCAAAUAAUCAUUUUGUUUAUUCUAUCUUAGGUGUGUUUUUAUUUGUAGGUCAUUUAUACAUUUGUUCAUGAAGAAAAAUAGAAAAAAGUUUAACAAGAAAUGACUAACAGAAUUUUUCACUCGUGUGGUGUUUUCUACAGCAACAUUAACGUCUGGUGGAAUGAUGCACGCGCUGAUCUCUAGAGGAAGAGGCGUAGUCUGGACGGUACAGUAGUCAGUAAAGACCAAAACUACGUACAGUUCGGUUCUUUUAAUGUUUUUAUAGGUUAGGUUUCUUUAUUAGUCUCCAUCAAGGAGAAAUUUGUCUUGGAGACAGGGUGGUUGCAGCACCAUAAAAAGACAAAACACCAAAAAAAAAAAAAAAAAACCCAGAUAAAAGUAACGUGCAAUACGUUACCAGUGAGACAUACAAAAGACAGGGAUAGGUGUAAGGUACAGAGACAUUGGAUGUCCUAACCCACUGCCCCUGUCCCAUCAAGUCCAUACCAUCCCUCCCUCCAGCACUCCCAUCACCCCCCCACCCCAUCCACCAACCAUAAACGCAUUCAUACUAUAAUAAAUAUCUAAAAUUACAUUCAUUCCAUAAUUUAAAAGAUAGUAUGAGCAAGGAUACAUUCAUUCCUGCAUACCCCCCCCACCCCCACCCAACUACCACCCUCACAGUCAUUACAUCAUUUCAUCACCAACUGCGGUACAAUCCCUAACUAAAAAAGUCCAUUUUGUCCCACUCGAUCCCAUUCCUUCCCUGUUUAUUCAGUAGUUUAAUAGACUGGGGUAUGAAGGAAUGUUUGUAACGAUUGUGUUUACACAGAGGGAGUCUAAAUCUCCUCCCAGAGUUCAAAAGGAUAUAUUCUCCAUUCAGUACAUGAUCACAAUCUGAUGCAAUGACAUUCACCUGUCUGAUAGUGGCCUGCUCAAAGAGCUCCUGUGGGUUAAGGGGGGGCGUCACCCCCAUAAUCCUGCCUGCAGUUUUGAUGAGGCUUGAGAUUUCCGCCCUGUGCUUUACUGUUAGAUUGCCAAACCAGCAGGUAAUGCCAUAAUGGAGAACAGACUCGAUUGUGGCUCUGUAGAAAAUUAACAUUGUUUUUACAUACUCCAAAGACUCUGAGUCUGCACAGAAAAUGAAGACGCUGGUGGAUUCUGGUACAAACAUUAGUCACCUGGGUGCGUCACCUGAGGUCGCUGUCUAUAUGCACCCCCAGGUACUUAAAAGUGCUCACCUGAUCAAUGGCCUGGCCAUGUAUAGCCACUGUGCCCUGGCCACAGAGGGAUUUGGGAUCUAGCACCAUCUCUACUGUCUUUGUGUUAAUAUGUAAGAAAUGUGAAUCACACCAAUUAACAAACUUAUCUACUGCUGUUUGGUGAAUUUAUAGUCAGUUGAUGCUUGAUAAUACAAGAAAGUCUUUAAAACAAGAGCAGAAACUCUUGAAAAAAUUGAACACAACUGUGUUUUUUGUUUUCCCCAAAUGUUCAUUUCAGUUGAAACUUUUACAAUUGAUGAUAAACUGGGCAGAGGAACGAACGUUUAAACUUCACGCUGCUUCAUUCCACUGGACUUGAUGGUAUAUCAGAUAAUAGAAGGAAACUUUCAAAGUGACUUUUUUUUUUUGGUAUUACCAAGUAAGAGAGCCCUGGACUGACACAAAAACACUGCACACACGAUCAUGAAAAUCUUCACUUUCUCAGCUAUUUUAUUUUAAAGAUACACUACCGUUCAAAAGUUUGGGGUCACUUUGAAAUGUCCUUAUUUUUGAAAGAAAAGCACUGUUCUUUUCAAUGAAGAUCACUUUAAACUAAUCAGAAAUCCACUCUAUACAUUGCUAAUGUGGUAAAUGACUAUUCUAGCUGCAAAUGUCUGGUUUUUGGUGCAAUAUCUCCAUAGGUGUAUAGAGGCCCAUUUCCAGCAACUAUCACUCCAGUGUUCUAAUGGUACAAUGUGUUUGCUCAUUGCCUCAGAAGGCUAAUGGAUGAUUAGAAAACCCUUGUACAAUCAUGUUAGCACAGCUGAAAACAGUUGAGCUCUUUAGAGAAGCUAUAAAACUGACCUCCUUUUGAGCAGAUUGAGUUUCUGGAGCGUCACAUUUGUGGGGUCGAUUAAAUGCUCAAAAUGGCCAGAAAAA